AUGUCGAAAACCAACAGCAACAUCGCUUACUGGUUUAUAUCUGUGCCGGCCAAAGGUGACAAGAAUAUGGUUUUCCGAAAACUGAAGGACAAAAUUUCGGGCCUGGCAAACGAAUACUCAGAAACUUAUCAAUUUAUUAUACCCCAAUUCAAGAUUGGCACACUUGAUGGAUUGGUCAUGAUUUCCGAUGAACUUUUGAAGUUUGAUCAGGCAUUCGAAGGGACCACGCUUAAGCUUCUGGACAUUCUUCGUAAUUUAUUAAAGGGAGAUAUAAAUCUAAUCAGGGCGAAUUUUGUGGUGAAUGAAAAAAGUAUCGACAAAUACCUAGAGACUUUUCAAUGGAACAUUCAGAAAUACCGUGAGGACAAAUCCCUACAAGAAAUAGCCAACUCUCUUAAUCAAGAAGUGUCUGGAAUAGAUAGUCUCAUGAAAAAAAAACUUGCUGAUUAUAAUCAGGUGAAAGGCAGUCUUCAGGCUUUGGAAAGAAAACAAAACGGUAAUCUGUCAGUAAAAAAUUUAGCUGAUUUCGUCAGAAAAGAGCAUUUUGUUCACGAUUCAGAACACCUGGAAACUUUGCUGUUUGCCGUUUCGAGGAAUCUCUAUAAAGACUGGUACGCAAAAUAUGAAACACUUACACAGAUGGUUGUGCCUCGAUCUUCAAUUAAAAUUACCGAGGAUGAUGAUUAUGGCUUAUUUACUGUGACACUUUUUAAGAGGGUUGCUGACGACUUCGUAAACAAAGCUCGAGAAGAAGGAUUCACCUACAGAGAAUUCAAGUAUAACGAGGCUGACAUAGAAAAUCAACGAAAACAAUUACAAGAGAUAGGCGAAACCGAAAAAGAAUUGUCGGUGACACUGCUAAGAUUGGCAAAAACAAAUUUUGGCGAGGUAUUCUCGGCUUGGAUUCAUUUGAAAGCAUUACGAGUCUAUGUGGAAUCUGUCUUACGAUAUGGAUUACCACCUGAUUUCAUGUCAAGUAUAAUAAAGCCAAAACACAAGCAGGAGCAUAAAGUACGCGAAGUCUUAAACAAAGAAUACGGAAAACUCGGCGGUAUUCUAGGACGCGACACGCAGUCAGAAGAAAAUAUCGAAGAAUUUCAUAAUUUAGUUGAUAAGGAUUAUUAUCCUUAUGUGUGGUUUCAGAUCCAUAUUGACCUUAAUAGACGAUAA